CUCGCGGGGCGGGGACGAGGGCGGAGGCGUGCGCGGCAGGUGCGGCGGGCCCGGCUCGGGGGCGGCGGCGGGGCCCGGGCUGCCCCUCGACGCCCGCCGCCGAGGCCCGGGGAGGCCGUGACGCUCAUCGGGCCUGGGCCUCGCGCGGCUCCAGCCGCGCGAGGGUCGGGCCUUCAGUGGCAGCUCUUCAGCGUCACGCCGCCUGUGGACCCCUGCCUGAGCCUGCGCGCUGAGAACGGGCUCUGACCCCUUGAGCCAGUCCAGGCAGGCAACGCCGAGUGGGCGGGCUGCGGAGGAUACGCGCAACACUUUAGGAGGUGGCCGCUGCCGCCUCCGCUGCAGGGGUAGGGUCUGGCCUCGCCACCCCUGGCGACACACCCAUCCAUGAGGGGCUGUCACCGCCUCGGUCUCUACAGGAGGUGGAGGCCCAAUAAGCUCUUUGAGGGCAGUGAGGUGGCUUGGCUGUUGCCAGCAAGAGCCUGCUUUGUGACCUUGGAGGGGCCUUGUUUGAACCUUGCCUCAUCUGCAGUUAGAGCCCCUGUGGGCUGCUCUGCUGUCUUCUGUGGCUGCUGUCUUGUCACCUUCAGUUCUAAAUGUCUGCAGCACCGCAUCCUAGGAUGCAAAGCCCCACUGGAAAUGAAAGUCUGGAAUGGCCCAGGGAUUUAUGUUGAUGAGGCUGCUUAACCUGAACCCCUGUGGCUUCUGACCUGGAAUCGGAUGCCAAGGGAGGAGUGAGCAAAGAAGAAGCCUGACCCACUGGCUUCUCAGUGCCCGCCUUAACCAGUGGUUGCACCACCCCUUCCCACUCCAUUGUGCCUUGCAAGUACAUGAAACCUGGCCUCUCCUGGAUCUCUUCUCACUUUCUGCUAGCCUGCUUCCUGUAGAGGACCGGGGAUAAACAUUCUGGGAAAAUGCCUGAUUUAUUCCAAGAGAGAGCAGUGCACCAGGCCCAGUGGAGGCUCUCGCCCAGGGAGAAUGGCAGCCCUUCACAAGAUGCCAGACUCCCCAGCUGCCCAGCUGGAGAGGGUUGAAGAUGGGUCUGAAUGUGAUGCUGAUCAGGAGGAGGAGGAGGAAGAAAAGGGGGAAGAGGAGGAGGUGGGGGCAGAUGAGGAGGAGGAGGAUGACGUGGAGGAGGUCCUGGCAGAGGAGCAGAGUCCUGCAGUGGGGACCCAGGAGCAACUUAGCCAUGGUGCUGAUGCCAAGUCUCCAGUGCUUCAAGAAAAGGCCCUGCAGGCCUCCCAGCUUCCAGCCACUCCUAGGAAUGAGGACCUGGAGGAGGAAGAGGAGGAUGAAGAGGAGGAUGAGGAGGAUGAUGAGGAGGAUGACUUUGUGACAGCUGGGUCUCAGGGGCUGGUGACCUUUGAAGAUGUGGCUGUGUACUUCUCCCUGGAAGAGUGGGACAGGUUGGAUGUAGAGCAGCGGAGUCUCUACCAGGAAGUCAUGCAGGAGAACUAUGGGAUCCUGGUGUCCUUGGGAUACCCAAUCCCCAAGCCCGAUCUAAUCUUCCGGCUGGAACAAGGGGAAGAACCUUGGGUCCCAGAUAGCCCCCGUCCUGAGGAGGGAGACAUUGUCACUGGCGUCUACACAGGAGCAUGGUUCUGGACUGAUGAUAUGGAGGACCAUGAGGAGGAAGACGAUGAGGACUUUCUGGCAGAGGUGGCUGAGGAGGAGAAUGAGCCCCCAGGGCUGUGGUCGGCAGCCUACGGUGUGGGGGACGUACCUGGGACGUGGGGACCUGACGACUCCGAUUCAGCACAGACUACAGAUGGGUGGGGACCUGACACAGGCGGCCUCGGGAUCCUGGCUGAGGGAUCCGAAGUGAAGGCCUUCCUGCCUGGCCGAGAUCCGGGUGCAAACCUCCUGUCACCCUGGGCGUUCCCAGCCACAGGGGCUGUCCCGGCCGGCCGGCCAGAGACCACGUGUGACGUGUGCGGCAAAGUGUUUCCACACCGUUCGCGGCUGGCCAAACACCAGCGCUACCACGCGGCUGUCAAGCCCUUCGGCUGCGAUGAGUGUGGUAAGGGCUUCGUGUACCGCUCGCACCUGGCCAUCCAUCAACGCACGCACACUGGCGAGAAGCCCUUCCCAUGCCCGGAUUGCGGCAAGCGCUUCGUCUACAAGUCGCACCUGGUCACGCACCGGCGCAUUCACACCGGCGAACGGCCCUACCGCUGCGCCUUCUGUGGCGCGGGCUUCGGGCGCCGCUCCUACCUGGUGACGCACCAGCGCACGCACACGGGCGAGCGGCCCUACCCUUGUCCGCAUUGCGGCCGCAGCUUCAGCCAGAGUUCGGCGCUCGCGCGGCACCAGGCAGUGCACACGGCCGACCGGCCGCACUGCUGUCCUGACUGCGGUCAGGCCUUUCGUCUCCGCGCCGACUUCCAGCGCCACCGGCGCGGUGGCGGUUGCGCGGAGCCCGGUAGCGACGGCCCUCAGCGGGAGCCCUGCGAAGCGCCAGCAGAGGCGGGGCCCGAGGAAGUUGAGGCCGGGUCCGAAGGGCCUGAGGCGCGCGAGGUGGACGGAGAGCCUGAGCCUGAGGCUGAGAGUGAGGCGCGAGACGAGGCGGCGACAGAGGCACCCACCCCCCGGAGAAAGGAGGACCUUGAGCCAGACAGGCGGUUCCUCGAGCUGGGCAAUGGUCUGGGGGAGGGCGAAGGCCCUUCCUCUCACCCGCUCGGCUUCCACUUUCCCGUGCACCCCAAGUCCUGGCUCCACCCGGACGGCUUCCCCAUCCUGGGCCUUCCCGACUUCCGGGAGCGCCUGCCUACAGAUGGGCGACCCUUGUCAGGACCCCUGGGGGGCCCGCUCUCUCUGGUGGAGGGCGCGGGGCUGGCUUGCGACCCUUUUAGCGUCGGUGGGGCCGGGGGUGGCGACAGUGGCGGUCUGCGCGCGUUUGGGCCCGCUGUCGGGGGCCUGCUGGCUGAGCCGGCGCCCGUCGCGCUGGCGGAAGAGGAGAGCCCGUGGAUCUGCUCCGACUGUGGCAAGACGUUCGGGCGCCGCGCCGCUUUGGCCAAACACCAGCGCUACCACGCGGGCGAGCGGCCGCACCGCUGCGCCGACUGCGGCAAAAGCUUCGUGUAUGGCUCGCACCUGGCGCGCCACCGGCGCACGCACACGGGCGAGCGGCCCUUCCCGUGCCCCGAAUGCGGCGCGCGCUUCGCGCGCGGCUCGCACUUGGCGGCGCAUGUGCGGGGCCACACAGGCGAGAAACCCUUCGUGUGCGGCGUGUGCGGCGCGGGCUUCAGCCGCCGCGCGCACCUGACGGCGCACGGGCGCGCGCACACGGGCGAACGGCCCUACGCGUGUGGAGAAUGCGGCCGGCGCUUCGGACAGAGCGCGGCGCUGACGCGUCACCAAUGGGCGCAUGCCGAAGAGAAGCCACAUCGCUGCCCCGACUGUGGCAAGGGCUUCGGCCACAGUUCGGACUUCAAGCGGCACCGGCGCACGCACACGGGAGAAAAGCCCUUUCGCUGUGCCGACUGCGGACGUGGCUUCGCGCAGCGCUCCAACCUGGCCAAGCACCGGCGGGGCCACACAGGCGAGCGGCCUUUCCCGUGCCCGGAGUGCGGCAAGCGCUUCUCACAGCGCUCGGUGCUGGUGACGCACCAGCGCACGCACACGGGCGAGAGGCCCUACGCCUGUGCCAACUGUGGCCGCCGCUUCUCGCAGAGUUCUCACCUACUCACCCACAUGAAGACGCAUCGCGGCGUGGCGGGCGCGCCUGGGCAGGCGGCGCCUCCGGACCCCGUGCCCAAGGCCCAGAUGCCUGCCAAGGCUCCGCCGGGCACAGAAGCAAGCAGCGGGCUGGGGGAGCGCGGUAGCACUCUGCUGGAGUUUGCGGGUGGCACGAGCUUUGGCUCCGAGCACCAGGCGGCGUUCGCCGGGCCCUCUGGCGCCUACGAGGAGAGUGUCCUGUGAAGGGCCCGAGGCCCACGGAAGCGCAGCCUUCUAGGCUACCGGCCCCUCCCCUGAGCGGCUUGGGCGCAGGUCGCUGCGCGCCCGCGCCCGGCUCCUCUGGCUUUGGGGGGCCGAGGGUCCCAGUCCUAGGUGCGGUGCCUUCCCUCACCUCCCGGCGCACCACCCUCCGCCCCACCGCUUCGGGUUUUCUUCCCGCCUGGUACCAGUGAGUUGGGCUGCUGCGCUCCGAGCUCGGAUGGCGGUGUGGGGAGCGCUCGGGGAGAAGAGCAGCGCCCGGAGACGGAUAGGGCGGAGGGCGGCCACCCCAACAAAGACUACGACAUCCCGGGUCUGUGCUGUGAAGCAAAGCGGUAGGGAUGGCAGGCAAUGCUAUUUAUUUUACUUGGAUUCCGAUUUGGGUGGCCCGGGGAAUAAGAGGCAUCUGAGGCUGUAAGUGGGGUUCACAGCAAUGGCGUGGCGCCCUUGCGUCAUGGGGGAGGAGGGUGGUAGACGGAAGAGCAACCGGCUGCUCUUGGGAGCCCCCCCUGAUGCCUAGGCUGCUGGUGGGAUUUAGCUGAUGACUUCUUCCCAUUCCCGGUGGGAAACUGCAGGGCCCCUCCCGUCACUUGAGGGUGUUAGAACCAUGCUGGGGGUGGGGUGAGCCUUGCCGGUUUCCAAAGGAUGGAGUUCCUGAGCUCUAACCCCGGGAGAUGGAGAUACAGAUGGGAAAGCUUUUAUUCUGACUGUAGAUAUUUAUUUCCAUCUCUUGUAUGGCCUGAAGAAUCUGGGAGGAGGAGAAAAAGCCAGAAACCAAAUUUGUGGUUGGAGUGGAUGGGUUACAGGUGUUUGCAGGAUCCUAAGGGAGUUUAAAGCCUUAUUCUCUGCAGUUGCUCACUCUCCUCACUCUACCUGAGCACUGAGACCAGCCAGGUGCUAGUCUUGCUGGUUUAGUCUCAGCUGCCUCACUUAAGUCCUUUGGUACUCUCACCUCUGGCAACUGGAGGUGGUAUACUCAGACAUCUUUGAGGUGCCCUGUGCAGGCUCUCAGACCUGAGCCCUGCUUUCAAUUCCCUGGGCUGUCACCUCUUCUCCAGCAGGUGGACAUGCCCAGCCCUGCCAUUCUGAGCCCAACGCUCAUUUAGCAUAAAGUGACUGAGGUUGGUCGAAGGAUCUUUCCCACAUCCUACAAUUAGUGCCCUGCAAUGUCCACAGGGCCUUUUUAACUCUGCUUCUCUCAUUAUUCUACGCUAGAACAAAUAGUGUUUCUGUUUAGAGUCCCAUUUCACAGAUUGGUCACUGGAGGCACUGAGGCCCUGGGUGGUUAGCAUAGUGGCUGUCCAUGUCUGGGGGAUGUGUGGACCUGAGCCCAUGGGUCAGUGACAAACCAAGCACCAAACUAUGCAAGACCCCUGCCUGCUGGGCCCCCCCACCCUUCAGACUGGGCUAUUGAGAGCCACUGGGCAGGCAGCUGAGGUUCAUGGGAAGCCCUCUCCUUUCAUGCAUCUUAGGCUGAUGUGAGUGGGGCCAGAAGACAGAUUUUGAUGCAGCUUCAUUCCUUUUUAGACCUAGUUCCUUACAUUUUAGUGUAGACAUGGCCUUGGAGGCUGAGAGCCAGCAGCCAGGCUGCUAGGGGCUAAGGGCGGGGUAGGAGGCGCAGUAGUCAGUGGGUGGGAGAGGGCCUGUGUGGUGGCGGUAAGAAUUUGCCCAACUGGGUAAGGUUGUGGGGUGGGGUGGUGAGGAGGGCAGGAAUCCCAAGGAGGCAUCAGAAGUGUGGCCUCUUUCUCCUUGGCUUCUGCACUAUGGGACAGGAGCUUCAGAAAGGGCCAAGAUCAAGGUGUGCUCGGGAGCUUGAUGUGUCUCAGUUCUAGCCCCACAUUGCUGGGGUCUGGCACCGUCCUUGUCCCUCCUGGGCCAGCUGCCACUGCCCUGGCCUGCUGCUGUUGGCAGGAGGACCUAGCUUUAAUAAAGAGUGGAGAAAUGAGCUUUUUGACUGGAUUCCGUGUUGUUGCUGCUGCUCUGUUGCUGUUGUCAGGGAGGCUCCUACAAGACCUCAGGUUCGUCUUGUUUCUGCAAACAUUUCUUACGAGUUUCUCUUUUAAGAAACUAGAACUAGUCCUAGGAUGGCCCAUGGGAAGUCAGCCCAAGAUAAGUUUGGCCUUGUCCUGCCUGUGUCCACAAUGCCCCAUUGGCGCCUCCAUGCUGCCACAUGCUUGUUGUAAUACAUACACCUAUCUUGGGAGAUGACUGUGUUUAGGAUGAUGAUAGCCUUCCAUUGGUCAAAGUGAGGGGCCAGGUCCCCUUCCUGGUUUUCCUCAGCGGCCCCAGCCUCACAUGGGUUUAUCUUGUGUCAGUACUACAGCAAAGUGUACAUCCUGGCAUCGCCAGACACCUUCCUUUAAAUUGACUUUUUUAUUCUUACCACAUCUCAUCCCCUGAUUGAUUCUGACUCUGCCAUACUUCCCCUGUAUGUUUGGAAAAUAUGAACUGUUAAGUAAAUUUUAUUAAGUGUGAUUUAGAGAGAUCAGGACAGAGCAACCAAAUGCUUCAAUUAAAAAAACAACAGACUUUUUUGAGUGGCAGACAAAUACUACAACCUAGUCAAAAAGUAGAUGGCCUUGAGGAUCUUCAAAUCUAUUCAGAAAAGCUAAAGGAUUCCUUGAUAGAGCUUAACAAUGAUCGUCUAGCCAAAUACUUUUUUAUCUUGUCGAGGGAGGCGGGGAGGCUAUCCCCAGUUCUGUAGUUAUAGAAAAAAUGUAGACACUCUUCAUUGCUAAGGAGGAAGGAAACCCCAGUGGCCUGAGAAAUGUGACCUACAAAAGGUGGCACUUGCAGGGGUCACAAAGUUCUCAGUGUCCCUUUCACCUCCACCAACCUUUGUUUUCAUUCUCUUUUGCUGGUUUCCCCAACCUCCCUCCUCUUCUGAUUCCUUUUCUCCUGACCUUGUCACUUAAUUAUUUCAAACUUCUCGUUUUUUUCUUUUCUCUUAACUGCUACAUAUGGAGUAUGGUAUUUUGAAUUAUUUGGUUAUAUCUAUCAAAUAAAGCUUUAUGAUCUUUGCUCAAUUUUUUUCUUAUAAAAUACAUACUAGUUGUAAAAUUUUCAACCCCCUUUGUCUCUUAAACAGUCACAGUACAUUCAUUGAGGCAUGUUUAUUCUACGGGUGUGGAAAUGUUUUAAAACUAGAAACAACUUUACAUAUUGUCUUGCUUGCAACCUGCUUUUUUCAUUUAAGAAUAUGUCAUGGACUUUCUUACCCAGUAAGAGCUACCUCAUUCAUUUUGUCCACUGUAUCAUAGCAUUU